AGAAGGCAGUGAUGAAUUUAUUUAAAGUUAUUAUUUACUUCAUUAAAACAGCAAGUUUGGGAAAUGCUUGUGUUGAGUUCGAGUUCUCCCGAGAAAUAUCAGCCUCCGAUUCUAUUCAGGUAAUAUCGAGCUAUACAGGGUCAUCUAAAGAAGACCUGUUUGGUUUGUGCGCUCCAAGAUGUUCAUUGGAUAUGGCUUGUAACGCUUUUGACAUCUGCAUUGAGAAUUUGCAGUGUAGAACAAUCAGGGGAUGGACUCCGAUUCUUCCUGGGAACGUGUCUGCAGGUCUGUGUCAACGUCAUCAAAUGGAAUGUGACGAUGGAUAUUACUACGAUAGAGAGAAAGAGACGUGUGCUUCUCAUGAGUAUUGCGAUUUCGAAGAUGACCCAGAAUCCUCGUGCUUUCUUUCGGAAUCUACCGCUGAUGAAUUUGACUGGACACGUCACACGGGUCGGACAGGUUCGACUGACACGGGGCCUACAUCAGCUGGCAGUGGACAUUACUAUAAGUACAUUGAAAUAUCACCAAUAGCACUUGUAGAAAACAGUAGAGCGAUACUAGAAACCACCAAGACGUUUCAAGAUAAAACCUACUGUCUGACUAUGUACUACCAUAUGUAUGGAGCUACAACUAAAAGUCUCUUGAUACAAACAAAGAAAGGGAAUGAUGCCCCCAUCACGCACUGGCAGAGGUCUGGUGACCAAGGCAAUAGCUGGUACCAGUUAUCGGGAGUCAACCUCACUCUAGACUCUCAGACCAAGAUAUUAUUUGAGGCAAAAAAGGGAUCAUCCUUUACUGGAGACAUCGCCAUUGAUUAUGUGGAGCUUUGGCCCUAUGCUUGUCCGUGAUAUCUUAACAUUCUUGAUGUCAUUAUACAAUUUGUCUUGGGACUUUCUGUAUUUAUACUUAUGGUUACUCAGCAUUUUGAUUAAAGAAACCGUGUCGUCAAUAAACGGUGCAUUUCAUAUUUUGCUAGCUAACAGAAUGCUUUUAUGUAUAAACUAGAGAGAUAAUUCAGGAAAAAGGUCAUCAAAGAAGAGAGAAUGAAAUAUAUCACCAUUUCAUCAUCAUGAAAAAUAAACAUCGUUAUACUGUAUCUAAAGAUCUAUAAGAAAUAUUUUAAUGAUGUUCAAUAUAAUUUUAAAUUUUUGUUGAUUUUAGAUUUCAUUGCCACCUAUAAAGAAUCAUAUUCCUCAACUGCAACAUACUUUCUUUCUUCCUGUUAUAUUGAUGUUUAUGACAUUAUGAUUUACAUGCCCUCAAUGGUCCAGGUUUGGUGUAAUAAAUCGUAUUUUCAUUCUUAUACCGUUUGCUAAUGAAUUGCAAUGAAUGUUAUCCAGAAACUUUUGAAAUUUGUGUUUCCGAUCUUAGAAUUCUGUAAAUGAAUCCAAUCAACUUCACUAUUGCGCAUUUCAUUUAUCUCAGUGGCAUUUCGUUUUUUGUUAUGAAACCUACUUGAGAACAGUAACACUUGUAUUCAAAUUAAAUUUGUUGUUCAAUGUAUCUUUGAAACCCAGAGUAUAAACAUACACUGUAUCCCCCUCAAAUAAAAGU